AUGUCAUCCAAUAUAUCAAUAAAUCAUUCUCACGUGUUAAAUUCGAACGACGCAUCAUUUUGGAGUCAACCAACACCGGUGAAUUGUGAUAUCAUUCGAAUAUUUGGAAUUUAUUUAUGCAUAUCAUCGUUUCUCGGUGUUAUGAUCAAUGGUUUAUUGCUUCUAAGUUUUAUCCGACAUCGACAACUCCGUUCACCACCAAAUAUCUUCGUCAUGUUCAUCACCGGAAUGGGUCUACUUGCUUCGUGUACACUACUACCAUUAACAGGAACAUCAUCCGUUUAUUGUCAAUGGUUGUAUAGCCGUGCCGGUUGUUAUCUUGACGGAAUCAUCGGAUUUCUAUAUGGAUGCGCAAGUGCUUACUUACUAUGCGCAGUUAGUAUCAGUCGAUGCUACAUUAUUGUGCGACCAUUGAAUGCAAAGAAAGUGACUGUUGGAAAAUCAAUUAUUGCUUCUUGUGUUGUUGUUUUCAUCAGUUUUCUAUGGACAAUGAUGCCGCUGCUUGGAUGGAAUGAAUAUACAAUGGAAGUUGGACGAACUUCAUGUUGUAUAAGUUGGUAUGAUCGUCGUCCGUCUUACAUAUCGUUUACUAUUGUCAUAUUUAUAUUUAUUUACUGCGUUCCAUUACUUAUUCUUAUUGGUACAAAUACAAUGGCAAUGAUCGGCCUUCGACGUAUGAGGGAAAAACUCGAACGAGGAAUUCAACAAAACUUCAGUCGAAAACGAAUUGAAAUGGAACGACGGCUUAUUAAAAGUAUUACAAUAACAACAUGUGGCUUCUUCGUCACAUGGACGCCAUAUUCAGUAGCUGUGUUAACAUCAAUCUUUCUAGGUGAAGAUUAUGGUACACCACCUAUCAUAACAUCAAUUUCAUCCAUAUUCGCUAAAUCAUCCGUUAUCUGGAUUCCAUUACUUUAUAUUAAAACGUCCACACAUUUUAAAUUUGGUUUCGUCAAUCAAAAUGUAUUAGAUGCAAACGGAGCAACCAAUCGAGUCGGAAGCAACGAGGGAACAAGAGCUCGGGCUAACAUCAACAACUCGUUGCAUAUGGAAACAAUGCAAUAA